ACUUCCUAAAUCUUCCUCAUCCCUCUGUAAAGUAUCCGACGAGCCGCUUGGAACCACCGGAAAACCAUCACCUAGAAACACAGAAGAAAUAACAAAUUCUGUCUUAGGAGCGCCAUAUUCAGGGAUUUGGAUUUUUUUUUAGAACACUCAUGAUGGACUCGGAGUAUCCUUCAUUUGAAAGCCCUCUAAUGAGUGAAUUAAAGUAUUUCUGUAAAAGAAUUAAGGAGGCUUAUCAAGAGCUAAAAGAUGAUCUGACGCCAUACAGGGACGAUAGAUACUACAGGUUGGCUCCAAUGCGAUUGUAUACCCUGUCCAAACGUCACUUUGUACUGGUGUUUGUUGUGUUCUUUCUUUGCUUUGGCCUUACUGUCUUCAUUGGAAUUCUUGGUCCUAAAAUAAUAGAGUCCUCUAUAGCGUCUGUUGAAUUUUCAAAUAAGUCUGAACCAUUCACACUGAAAUCACCGCCACUAACAACAUAUAAUCAGGAACUGUGGCUAACAUGUUUGGUUAAGCUGGAUGGGCCAGAAGGUUUCAUUGUUCAAAGAGAUGUCAACAUGUCUGUUAAAAUCAGUGGAGUACUGAGUGAUGGCAGUGUGCCAUAUGAUAGUAAAGUUGUUCACAAUCGAACUAGAUCACUACACUGUACAGCGAAAUGUGAUGAAAUCAUUGUGGCACAUCUUGGCUAUUUGAAUUAUACUCAGUACAGAAUCAUUGUAGACUUCCAGAAUCUGCAGACACCGGGCGUUAAUAUCAAUUAUUUGAAUUUCACUUGGAAAUCAUAUAACCCAUUGUUCUCUCAAGUGGAAAUCUGGUUCCGAUUCGUGUUUGUUGUUUUUACCUUCAUGGUCACAUGCCUGUUUGCUCACUCACUCCGGAAAUUCUCCAUGCGAGACUGGGGAAUUGAGCAAAAGUGGAUGUCAAUUCUCCUGCCUCUUCUGCUGCUCUACAAUGAUCCUUUUUUCCCACUUUCUUUCCUUGUGAAUAGCUGGUUCCCAGGGAUGCUUGAUGACCUUUUCCAGUCCUUGUUCCUUUGUGCAUUGCUCCUCUUUUGGCUUUGUGUCUACCAUGGAAUUAGAGUACAGGGAGAGAGGAAGUGUUUAACUUUCUAUUUGCCAAAGCUCUUUUUGGUUGGACUACUUUGGCUGGCAGCAGUAACCUUAGGGAUAUGGCAAACGGUAAAUGAGUUGCAUGAUCCAACAUAUCAAUAUAGAGUAGACACGGGCAACUUUCAGGGGAUGAAGAUAUUCUUUUUGGUAGUGGCAUCCUUGUAUAUAUUUUACCUUGUUUUCCUGGUGGUGAGGGCAUGCUCAGAACUGAAGAACAUGCCAUAUGUUGAUCUUAGAUUGAAAUUUCUAACUGCGUUAACAUUUGUUGUACUUGUAAUAAGCAUUGCAAUAUUGUUUCUGAGAUUUGGUGUAAAAGUGCUACAGGAUAAUUUUGUGGCUGAACUGUCAACACACUAUCAGAAUUCAGCUGAAUUUUUGAGUUUCUAUGGCCUGUUGAAUUUCUACCUCUACACACUGGCCUUUGUGUACUCACCGUCAAAGAAUGCUCUUUAUGAAUCCCAACUCAAGGAUAAUCCAGCAUUUUCCAUGUUGAAUGAUACAGAUGAUGAAGUUAUUUAUGGGAGUGACUAUGAGGAAAUGCCACUACAAAAUGGUAAGCCUCUUAAUAAGAACAAGUACCAGGAUGAAUCAGACAGUGACUAACGGACUGAAGAUCAGGUUUCCAAGUAUGGGGAAGCUUAAGUUUCUGCCACCAACAUUUUCAGCCUCCUCAUUACUUUUGCUUGUCACAGAAUAUAUUGCCACAAUAAACUGUUUUAUUAUUUUGUAUGCAUACCUAUUUGUUUACCAUGUUAAAGAUGAAGAAAGGAUGAUUGCUCAAGUGGAGGGGAAAUGAAGGCAAAACACUACUGAAAUAACUUGGUAAAAAACAAAUGUGAUUAAUAAUAAGAUUUUGUAAAAGUGACAUUUCCAGGGAAUAUAGCAGACAGUGUACAUUUUUUGACAGUACUUAUGAAACUGCUUUAACCUACUACCCAUUACAGAAAAGUGUCUAUUCUUCAAGUGACAAAUAGGACUUUGUUUAAUAAAGCAGGCAUGCACAUACUUCUAAUCAUGGCUCAUAGCAAGAAUAGUAUGAAGUGAUUUUCUAUGCUUUUAUCCUUAUGUUUAACCGAUAAGGUUAUGGUAGUCGGGGAGUUGUAGACUGCAAGGUUUACUGUCUGUCAGACAUUAGCAAAGACAGAGAUGUAUUCUGUACGUGUGAGUAAUGGCUUUAAAAAUUGAGAAUCCUGCCUGUAGGAUUACUCACUGGGGUUUCGCUGUUGAUUUUUUCUCUGUAAUGGUCAAGUAUUGUCUUGGAACUCAUUUGUAUUUUGAUGUCAGUUUGUAAGUUUUUUUUCCAGAUAAACACAGUAAAUGAAGUGUAUUUUAGAAUGUGAUGCAAUUACAGAAAUGGUUACUUGCAGUUGAUUUAGCUACAACUUUCUGUUAAAGUGGGACUCAACAGGCCAAGGGAGCUUUGCUUAAACAUGGAAGCAGGUGCAAUGUGCAAAAUAAUGAAUUUACUUUUAGUCACAACAUUGUUUGAAUUGUCAAAAUUACAGUUAACCUGCACAAUUAUUGAGAGUAAACCUCAUGCUUUUGGUAAAUAAUGAUUGUCAUUCUUACUGCUUAAAACCUUUAUUUUACAGCUUUCCUGACCAGAUGGUCCUGCUUUAUGUAUCAAUCAUGUCUUUCUACAGUGUAUCUGGAGCCAUCAUAUGAUUUAAUGCCCUUCAUCCUUUUUUUUCCUGCACUUGGGAGGUGGCUCUGGGGCAAAUGCAUCUGAUGUGAUGCUGGGUAAAAUGAAUGAACAGUUCAGGAUGUCACACUAACAAGGAGGAGGUGUGUUCUGCAUUCCAUUUCUCAAAAUACCAUUUCCUUUCAUUUCUUUCCAUACUGGCCCACAGUGUACACUACUCACAGUUUUUGCAGCAGCACAGCUGCCUACCUCAUCAAACUUCAGCGUACGACUUUCUUGUGACCGCUGUGAAUUCAUUCUUUGAAACUGUAUGGGGCUGGAAUGAAUCAGAGCAAAUACUGGGUCUUCCUUGUACCAUAAUUCCAGUGACACUAAAAAAGGUUGAAGUUUUUAUUUAUUUAUUUUUAAUUUAUUUUUAUUUUUUAAAAGGCAAGAGAACAUUAUGUUUGUGAAUUAUUUUGUAAAAUUGGAUGUGAACUUUGAACAGAAGUUACUACAGUACCUCCCGUUACACUGAUGCAACACUUCAAUAAUAAUGAAGAUGAUUACACAGUGGUUCCUAUGUCUGUAUUAGCAACAUGUUCACAAAAAAAAAAAUUGUAUUUACUUGUGUGUAACUUGUUACCAGUUUUGGUGCAUGCUGCUUUGCACACAGAACAAGUGUUCCGCACCCACUCUGUAACUUCAGCAUAUGCUUGAGUACUACUCCAUGUGGAAGCAGUUUAGUUAAAGUAUGCUGUCUGCUGCAGAAACAAUUCUUGAUUUAUUCCUUUGUUUACAAAAGUGCCAGCUAAAAAUCUCUUUAACGGUGUAUUUUUAAAAGGGGUUUGUUAAGGACUUGUUUAGAAUGGAUAGAGGUUCAAAAAUUUUCAGUGCAGAAUUUUUUUAUCUGGUAAAAGGGACUUUGUCUGGUAAGUUUUUAUUGCCACAAGUGUUAUUUUUUCUUUUGUUUUCUUUUUGUAUCUUUAGUUAAAUCUUGUAAUAGGCAAGUAUCUUCCAAUGAGUUCAAGAUAUAUUUACUUGUAAUAUAAGAAAGUGCCUGUAAGUAGUUGGAAGUCUUGAGAAUGAUUGAAUAAAGUAUCGAUUUACCUAUUUA